CAUAAUGUGUGACCAAACCCUCACACUGUCAUAGGACAACUGGCAUGCUAUAAUGAGACAUGAGGCCCGCCCACAUGCUCCACAGAAAGCAUGAUGGAAAAACCCGGUCAUUUACUCUCCAGAAAGAGCCAGCAGAACGUCCUCACCUGUAGGCUGGAGGUUGUGUCCUCCUGUCAUCAUGGAAUAAGACAUGCUGCCACACACCGCUGAGCUUUGGAGGGAAGAUGUCAUUACACUGGAAAAAACUCCCAGGAAGUUGAAAUGCCUCCUAACUCUACUUCUUUCUUCUACCAUCAAUUGCAACUGUGUUUUUCUCUGUCUAAACUCCACAGGAAGACAUCGCGCAGGCAGAAGAACAAUGCCUACAGCCAACAAAAAUAAUCUUGAAAAUUAAGAAAGUUCUCUUCCUCUGAAGUUGAAAUCUCUUACACGGCACAUCAUGACAUGGAAAUAUUCCAAAACUGACAACCAGCCAAGACCCCUCUGGGAAGACCUUUUAUUCAUCAGUUGUGUUGACAUGUACCAGUUAUUUCAUAUCAGGACUAAAUACUGGGCACAGCAAAGAUAUUCCAUUCAAACAAGACAAUAAAAAAAGAAAAGAAAACAGGAGCAGUUCAAAAGGAGACAGAGUGAAAAAACCAAAGAUGCAGGCAGAAAAGUCAUCACCUGGCCUGGUCUGGAGGUUGUUGAUGGUGAACACUUUAUCAUGUGGUCUGGAGGCAUGCAUGGCUGCAGGAACUGUCUACAUCCCACCUCUGCUGCUGCAGGCUGGCAUGGAGGAACGCUACAUGACUAUGGUGCUCGCGGUGGGUCCAGUUCUGGGUUUGAUCUUUAUACCCAUGAUUGGCUCAGCUAGUGAUUCGCGACAAGGCCGUUUUGGUUGUCGCCGGCCGUUUAUCUGGAUGCUGGGCCUGGGAGUUUUACUCAGCUUGCAAGUCAUACCACAGGCCUGGCGAUUAGCUGCCCUGAUGUCCCCACAUCACCCUCACUGGCUGGAAGCUGCCCUGCAGGCUGGAGCUGUGUGUCUGAUGGACUUCUGUGGACAGGCCUGUCUAACCCUGCUGUUGGCACUGCUGUCAGACCUGUUCCCCAUGGAGGAGGAGAAUCGCAAAGCAUUCUCAGUUAAUUCCCUGAUGAUUAGCCUGGGGGGAUGCCUGGGUUUCUUCCUCCCUGCUGUCGACUGGAGUCAAGUACCCAUAGCAACAUACCUGGGUGGGCAGGAGGCCUUCGUUUACGCCCUGCUCACCUCCCUCUUCCUCAGCUGCGUCCUCACCACCGCCUUUAUCCCAGAGAAGACCAGAACCGGGGGAGGAGAGAGAAAGACUAGCCCUUUGAAGAGCGUGAACAGCAGAUGCUUCCCUCACUUGUUCUUGCCCCGGCCUCAGUGUUUCCUUGUCACACUGAGCCGAUGUGCAUCAGCAUGUAUGUCAGUAUUACCUCGUGCAUAUAGAGCGUGUAAGCGUGUGCCUGCAGUCAUAUGGAGGCUGUUUGUGGCGGAGACGUGCAGCUGGAUGGCACUAACAAGCAUCAUGCUCUUCUUUGCCGACUUUAUUGGGGAAGGAUUGUACCAGGGAGUGCCAAGUGCAGAGCCACACUCACAGGAAAGAAAACACUAUGAUGAAGGUGUACGUGUGGCCAGUCUGGGUCUCUUCCUACAGUGUGUGGUGUCGGUGCUGUGCUCGGUGCUAAUGGACUUCUGGGUUGCUCUGCUGGGAGCCAGGGUGGUGUACAUCAGCGGUAUAGCUCUGUUGGUGCUUGCCACCAUCGUCAUGAGUGUCUCAGAAAGUGUGAUAACGGUCACUGUCAUGGUGGCUGUGACAGGAUACUCACUCUGUGUACUUCAGGUCUUGCCAUACACCCUACUGUGUCUCUAUCACUCAAAUAGACAAGCUUUUUUCACUUCAUCCAAGUCCAGACCUCCUCAGCUCAGUGAAAGUGACAAACCCCUCCUCACCUGUGGUCCAGCCACUCCUCAUGCUCAAGACACAGGGCGACUGAAUUUAUCCAGGACAGAUCCCUCUGUUGGAUCGCCCCAUGUUUCACUGUUUGAGGGUGGAGGCAACAGAGUUGACACAGACUGUGCACCGGUCUCACAGAGAGGGAUGUGUUUUGACAUGGCAAUUCUGGACAGCGCCUACCUGCUCUCACAGGUGCUGCCGGCAAUGUGCCUUGGCUCGAUAGUACAGCUGGCUAACAGUGUGAGGGCUUACAUGGCCUCUGCCUGCUGCUUCAGCUUGCUGGCUUUUCUCUGCUCCACCAAGGUUGUCUACAGUCGCGCUGACCUCGAACACUGAGCAUAUAGUCCUAGCUCAGCACAACCUCUCAUCAUUCCUUUUUUUAAUUAUUUGUAUUGUAUUUUUAUGUGCAUUCUUUAAUGUCUUCUGUCUGCUGGUGUCAUAUACUGUGUCAACAGGUCUAUUAUCUAUCUGAAGUGGUUGCAGUGACUGUGUUCUUGAGGGUUUACAGAUGUUCAGGGACCUGUGUAGACAUAAAGCAGUUCUUAAUGAUCUGUGUUGCACAUCCACUUGCCAAACAUAGAAUCAGCUGAAGGCAGCACAUUGUCAUCAGCUUGGCUUUCAUCACAGUCAAAGCAAUUUAUUGUGGGUAAAAUCAAACAGUGUGCAAAAACUAUGUUCGUGUAUGAAAUCAGUUUGGGAUUUUUUAUUUAUUUAUUCUUGUAUAGGCAAUGAUAGGAAGCAAUAUCCUGCUGUGUACUGUUGCUAAGAAACCACACUGGAGUCUUGACACUCCUUGUGUGGUGCAUUAUGCUGCAAUCUCCUCAUCCAUAUGCUCUGUUUGGCUUCUAUGGAGGAUCAGUUACUGCCAGCAUGUAAUAACUAAAUGAAGCUAAUUAUCCAAUGGAAAAUUAGAUAAAUGCAAUGGAAAUUGUUUUUAUAAUAAUUGAAGCUAUACCGUUCCACUCAGGUGUCUAAUUGUUCAGAGUUAUACUGGUUAUUCAUGAAGUAGGUCAAUGCCUACGAUAUCAUUUUAGAAUUAUCUCUCCACACCCUGACCUAUUAUUGCUCCACUUUGUAUAAUAUGUCAACAUCUCAGGGACAAUGUUGACUUUUCAAAGUUUACAGUGUAUCUGUCAGAUUUUUUCUUAUCUAGAAUGAGUCUCUGGGUGCCUACCUAGGCACUGAUCUCAUUGAAGUUACUUGGAAAUGCUGCAUUUGAGAGAAACCUUUUCAUUUUAUACACGUUUUACUCUGUAAAAGCAGCUGUUUCUGGUGUGCGUCUUCUGAGGAGCUGCUAAACUAUAAACUGUGAAUGUGUGUGUGUGUGUGUGUGUGUGUGUGUGUGUGUGUGUGUGUGUGUGUGUGUGUGUGUGUGUGUGUGUGUGAAGAACAGAGGACCUAAAGAUAUGAUAAUCACAUGUUCAUGUGUUUAGUGUGGAGUUAGAGCCAGCUUGACUUUGCAUUGCAUUGAAACAGUUAACUUAGCACCCAAAAGUCAAGUUGUAUCUUGUUGGUUCAAUCCCUAUCGGACAUAUCAUCUAACAUCAAGAAAGAGAAUACGUUUCCCAGCAUGCUGAAGUAUGCCUGGAAGGAAGGGAGUCUUGUUUUAAUCUCACCAUAAACUUUAAUCAACCUAUAGGUAAUUCAAUAGGAGUGAUAUUAUGUAAUGAUAACAAGUGUAUUUCUUUGUUUACUGAGGCCUCUUAGAAACAAUUUUACUCAUUCAUGAAUUCAUGCAUUUUUAACCUUUUUUUAAGAAAAACUAAAAAAAAAAAAAUCUAAACUGAGGUUAAAAAAAUGCAUGUCUAGUUUUUGCCUGUUAAUAUGCAAAUGGACAAUUAUUACUGCACUGUAUUCAGGUACAAGCUUGCACUUCUUUUAGUUUUAACAGAACUUCAUCUGAGUGACCCCCCCC